AUGGAAGGUGGUGAUGGUGUUGUUCGUUGUGACUGUGGAAGUCCGGCGCGAGUUAAGGUCUCCACUACUGAAAAGAAUCCAGGUCGAAGGUUCUAUACUUGUGCCGGGAGAAAUAAUCCAAAUUGUAGCUUCUUUGCUUGGGUUGACAAAGAUUUGGAUGGAUAUGCACUUAUGAUGGUCACUAACAUGAAGAUGGAGGUGACUCAUCUGAAGAAUGAACGUGAUGCAGCUCUUCUUCAAGCUGGUGAAGUUAGAGCACUAUUGGCAGCUAGGAUCUUAGAGAAUAACUCUCUGAAUGGGGAGGUUGCAGCCCUGAAGGAGAUCGUUGACAUGUACAAAAAUGAAAACCAGAUACUGAAGGAAGAAAUGGGGCUUGAAAUGAUGGAAGUUGACACAUUGAAGGAGAGGAUUGAGGAAGUUUAG